ACUCAUCUGGAUGGAAGUUAUCACAUAGACUGGAGUCCCUCAUUCAAGAAAGCCCAUUUAACAGAGAACAAGGAGAAUCUAAGAACAAAUUCUUGAGGCUACAGAGGGAAAAGGCGUCAUAUGGAUUGUUCAAUCCACUUUAAAGAGGAUUUUUCUCACUGAAGAGAAUAAUAACCUCUUACCUCGCGCGCUCUUCUUAUAACUUAAGAUGGGAUCUGGGCUAAGGAUGGGAUAUCACUUCAUUGUGUUGUGUAUCUACGUAUUCGUACCUGGAUGCAGAACAGAAAAAGGAAACAUUACCGUAGCGGUGAUGUUGCCCUAUAAUUUAAAGUAUCCGUGGGCAACGCCGCGCGUGCUCCCGGCUAUCCGAAUGGCGCAAGAGAACAUAGAGAAGAGUGGACUUUUAAGGGGACACAAGAUAAACCUUCUCAACUUUAGCACAGAGGAUUCUUUUGGCUCUUGCUCCGAAAAUGAGGCACAAAUAAUCGCGGUGGAUACAAAACUCUAUAAUAAACCCGACGCGUUCAUCGGACCCGGGUGCGCGUAUUCAGUCGCGUCGGUCGGACGGUUCGCAUCCCACUGGAAACUCCCACUGAUAACUGCGGGAGGACUCGCGUAUGGUUUUGACAAGAGGGAUGAGUUCAAAACUAUUGUCAGGACGGGUCCGACCACCACGAAACUCGGGGACUUUGCCAGUUAUCUGCACGCGCAUUUUAACUGGACCAUGCGCGCGCUGAUGAUUUUCCACGACCUGAAACAAGACGAUCGACCGCAUUAUUUCCUCUCCGAAGGCAUUUACAUCAUUCUGGGCAAGGAAAACAUCACCGUGGAGGCUUUUCCUUACGAAGAACCGCAAACUUUCAAUUAUCAAGAAAUCGUCACAUUUAUAAGGGACAGCGGGAGAAUUGUUUACAUCUGCGGCCCUCUGGAGACAUUCUUCCAUAUAAUGAAGCUGUUUGAGGAUGAGGUGAAGAACCGGGAGGACUAUGCCAUCUUCUACCUGGAUGUGUUUGCUGAGAGUCUAAGUGGUAAUGCUUCAGUGCCCUGGCAAAGCUCAGAUUUUCAGUUCAGUGACCCCAUCAAGCUAUUUCAGUCUGUGUUCAUUGUAACGUACCAUGAGCCAGAUAACUCUGAAUAUACAGCUUUUCGAAAAGAACUCCACAAGAGAGCAAUGCUGGACUUUAAUGUGAAAUUGGAACCCUCAAUGAUGGAUUUUAUUGCUGGCUGUUUCCAUGACGGUUUUCUGCUGUAUGCAAAUGCCCUGAGUGAAGCGUUAGCAGACGGCGUGUCUCAGAACGAUGGAAUCAACAUCACUGUGAGAAUGCAGAACCGCAGGAUCUGGGGGGUGACCGGCCUUGUUAGCACAGACUGGAACAAUGCCAGAUACACAGACUUCAGGCUUUGGGGAAUGACUAACCUGAAAACUGGACAAUAUGCAAUUGUUGGUCACUACAAUGGGACAAGUAAAGAAAUCUUGUGGUCACCAACAGAGAAGAUUCAUUGGCCCAAGGGUUUCCCACCUCUGGACUACCCUCCAUGUGGAUUCUCACCAUGCAAGGAAGAUCACCUUCCUGUGCUUGGAAUAGUAGCAGUCGGAUCUGGACUGGCCCUCAUUAUUUUCGGAAUAUCCAGUUUUCUGAUCUACAGGAAACUGAAGUUGGAGAAGGAGUUAGCUGGAAUGCUUUGGAGGAUACGGUGGGAGGAGCUGCAGUUUGAAAGCCCCAACAAAUAUCACAAAUGCGCAGGCAGCCGUCUCACUCUCUCACAGAGAGGUUCCAGCUAUGGCUCCUUGAUAACAGCUCAUGGAAAAUAUCAGUUAUUUGCAAAAACAGGCUAUUUUAAGGGCAACCUGGUGGCAAUCAAACAUGUGAACAAGAAACGGAUCGAGCUGACAAGACAAGUGCUGUUUGAACUAAAGCAUAUGAGAGAUGUUCAAUUCAACCAUCUGACAAGGUUUAUUGGUGCUUGUAUUGACCCACCAAACAUCUGCAUUGUGACAGAGUAUUGCCCCAGGGGCAGUCUACAGGACAUCCUUGAAAAUGAGAGCAUCAACCUGGACUGGAUGUUCCGUUACUCUCUGAUCAAUGACAUUGUGAAGGGAAUGAAUUAUCUGCACAACAGUUACAUUGGCUCCCAUGGUAAUCUGAAGUCCUCUAAUUGUGUGGUGGAUAGCCGCUUCGUUUUGAAAAUCACUGACUAUGGUCUGGCAAGCUUCCGUUCGUCUUGUGAAAAUGAAGACUCACAUGCGCUGUAUGCAAAAAAGGUAUGGACAGCACCAGAGUUGCUGAUAUAUGACAGGUAUCCGCCCCAAGGAACCCUGAAUGGAGAUGUUUACAGCUUUGGGAUCAUUCUACAGGAGAUAGCACUCAGGAAUGGCCCAUUUUAUGUUGAAGGCAUGGACCUCAGUCCUAAAGAGAUAAUCCAGAAGGUGCGCAAUGGUCAGAAACCAUACUUCAGACCCACCACAGAUAACACUCAGCACUGCGAGGAGCUGACCAUCUUAAUGGAAGGCUGUUGGGCUGAAGACCCAGCAGAUCGGCCAGACUUCAGCCACAUCAAGAUCUUCAUUGCUAAACUUAACAAGGAAGGCAGCACCAGUAUUCUCAAUAACCUGCUGUCCAGAAUGGAACAGUAUGCUAAUAACCUGGAGAACUUGGUAGAGGAUAGGACUCAGGCAUACCUUGAGGAAAAGCGAAAAGCUGAAAAUCUUCUUUACCAAAUCCUUCCACAUUCAGUGGCAGAGCAGCUCAAGCGAGGGGAGACCGUACAGGCUGAAGCCUUUGACAGCGUCACCAUCUAUUUCAGUGACAUAGUGGGCUUUACAUCAAUGUCUGCUGAGAGCACACCGUUACAGGUGGUGACAUUGCUCAAUGAUCUCUACACCUGUUUUGAUGCCAUCAUUGAUAAUUUUGAUGUUUAUAAGGUGGAGACUAUAGGUGAUGCAUAUAUGGUGGUCUCAGGUCUGCCUGUGCGGAAUGGGAAACUACAUGCACGAGAGAUAGCUGGCAUGUCAUUGGCUUUACUGGAACAAGUUAAAACCUUCAAAAUCAGACACAGACCCAACGAUCAACUAUGGCUGCGGAUAGGAAUCCACACAGGGCCUGUCUGUGCUGGUGUAGUGGGUCUUAAGAUGCCUCGGUACUGUUUAUUUGGUGACACUGUCAACACAGCAUCCCGUAUGGAGUCUACAGGGGAAGCUCUGAAGAUACAUGUGUCUUCAGCUACCAAAGAGGUGCUGGACGAGUUUGGCUACUUCGAACUACAGCUGCGAGGAGACGUGGAAAUGAAGGGUAAAGGCAAAAUGAGAACAUAUUGGCUUCAAGGGGAGAAGACAGAUGUCUAUGUUAUCUGAGAGCACUGCUGAUGACAGGAAGUCACCAUGCUGAGAGCCACUGCUUCAUAUAUUUGUUCUGUGUUUGAAAGGGUGUUUCCCGCUCAUGCAUAGAACAGCACAAUAUAUUACCUUUUGAGGGAGGUCAAUUCAGGUAUAUUUCAUACCUGCUUAAACUGCAAAAAUUUUAUAGUUUUUUAUAAUGAAGUUUUCUUGUGCUGAGAGGUAUAGUAAGUACAUCUUUCCUGGUGAAAUAAUGUUUUGUGCUUUCUAUAUUCAGAUUUGUAUGCUGUGUUUUGGAAAUCAGUAAUGUGUACUUGAUAUUUCCGUAGAGUACUCAAGGAAAGUGUGUAGGGUGGUUUGAAAAAACAUUUGUUGUCGGGACUGAGGAUGCAGAGUGAAGUUUUAUCAUAAUGUAUUAUUUGUACAUAUGUAUAUCCAAGACAUUGUACGAUAUUUUGUUCAAUAAACUGAA